GCAAAUUUUUUAUCAUAUUUUUCUUGUAAUUUUGCAAUAAUCGGGAUUAUUUUCUGAGCAAACCCGUAUACAGUUUCAAUUAAAUUACAGUGAUGGUGUUCAGUUAGUUCCGAACUCGUUUCUUCAUAAUUCUAGACAUCAUUUUCCAACAGUAUUGCGGACGAUGUGAUAGAAAUGUCUUUGGAUCUCAUCAUCAACAAUAACACAGAUAUAUUUUCAAUUCAGAAAGCAAAAACCGGAUAUAAUUUUAUUAAGAAUGCAUUUAAAUACGCAAGUAUACCUGUAGCUAAAGAUGUACGAUCUAUUUGUACAAUUAUACCUAAAGGAGAUAUACCUCAAAAAUGUUGUAUUUUAGACAACCAUGUCAUACAGUAUAAGACACUCGCAAACUUAUGGCAGGCGAUUUCUUCCAAGAUAACGAAUUCUAGCAUAAACAGCGAUGAUAUUCGAAUAUAUGAUUCAAUCGUAGAGGCAAAAAAUGUCGACGUUUCUGUGAUAUUUAAAGAUAGUACUACUGUUCUAAAAUAUAAAUCUAGUGCAGAUUUAUGUUCAUCUGUAAAUUCAAUUUUGUCAUUUUAUACUGUUGUCAAUUCGUGUCUUGUAUUCGUACAGAAUAUUGGAAUUCAUACUGAAAUUAUUUAUAUUUUAAUCCACGAUACCGGUAGUAGAAAAGGUGUCUCAAAAAUAAUUCCUUCUACGAACAUAACUAUAAAACAAAUCAUAAGUAUUGAUAAAUUUAAGCAAAUGUGUAUCGAUCCUAAUUCGUUUACUGUCGCUGGCUUGUCAUCUCAAUUGAAUUUUUUAACUUCAUUAUAUUCUGCACAACUUGACAGAAAACUUCGACCAAAUAUCGAUACUGAUGCCAAAAUCAUACAAAAAGUAUUAAUAAUAGGACCUUCAGGAUGUGGCAAAACGUCUCUAGUCAAGUACUUCGCCGCCCUGAAAAAAUGUGGAUUAGUUAUCGUCGAAGGUUCCAGCAUAGUUUCUGCAGAACCUGGAAAAUCUGAACAUAUUUUGAAAUCUUUAUUCAACGAAGCAAUCAAUAGAUCUCAAGAAGAAAACAAUGAUGUUUGUAUCGUUUUAUUGGAUCAAAUUGAAAACAUUUGCGGUGUAAAGAAAUCCUCAGCGUCGCAUUUGAAAAGAAUUUCUCAUCAAUUGUACGAUUUAUUAGAAGAAAUCAGUUGUAAUUCGGGUGUUUUGGUAAUUGCUACUACGAAUAAUGUCCAUGCAUUGGAUCCUGCGUCAAGACGAGCAGGUCGUUUGGAAAUCGAGAUUUAUAUUGGAACGCCUACUGAAAAAGAAAGACUGGAAAUUUUACAAUUACUUUGUAAGAAAUCAAAGAUACGACCUUCAGUUUGUCAGAAAAUUGCUCUGUGGACGCCCGGUUAUGUUGGAGCUGAUUUAGCUAUGUUGGUUCGAGAAGUGCACAGAACGUACAUCAAGAAUAAAGAUUUAUAUAAGAAGGAAGCCGAAUUACUCGAAUUAUUUCAAAGUUGUAUCGCUAAACAUCGUCCAGCUUCUCUUCGUUCGGGAUUAGGAAUUGUACGAUCUGCAGAUAUCAAACUUACCGAUUUAGGUGGACUGUUCAAUGUUAAAAUUAACCUUCAGUCGUUUGUCGAAUGGCCUUUGCAGCAUAGAAAGUCAUUCAAUCGAUUAGGAAUACCGGUGCCAAAAGGAAUUUUACUCUAUGGACCACCUGGUUGUGCUAAGACUAGUUUAACAUGUGCAAUUGCGAAUGCUACGAAUACCAAUUUUUUAUCCGUGUCUGCUGCUGAAUUAUACUCACCUUAUGUUGGCGAAGCUGAAAGAAAUGUCAUGGAGUUAUUUCAUAAAGCUCGAAUCAAUAGUCCUUGUAUUGUUUUCAUCGAUGAAAUUGAUGCUUUGGUUGGGAACCGAAACGUUUCUUCGAAAAAUGUCCAGGAGAAAAUUCUUUCAACAUUUUUAAUCGAGAUGGAUGGAGUUGGUAGUAAACUGAAUUCGUUUUCUGUUCACAAAAUGACUGAUGCCAGAUCUGAAAAGCCGGAGCACGAAGGAAGUAAAAAUACGGUAAUUGUCAUAGCUGCUACAAAUAGACCAGAUAAGCUGGAUUCUGCUAUACUCAGGCCGGGUCGUUUUGAUAAAUUAUUGUACGUUGGUGCCCCAGAUGUGAACGAAAGAUUAGAUAUUUUGCAAACCAUCACCCGACAAUGGAAGAUGCCUUUAGCACCAUGCGUCGAAUUGCUGGAAAUAGCUAAAAAUACUGAGAAUUUCAGUGGAGCUGACUUGGCAAAUUUAAUUCGUGAAGCUGGUUUAGCUGCUCUGUUUCAAGAAGGUAUGGCUACAAAUAAUGUGAAGCAAGAGCAUAUGAUUGCGUCAUUACAUUGCAUCCAACCAAGUCUAAAAAACGAAGGAUUAAAAUAUCAAGAUAUGAUGAAUCAAAUGAUAGGCUUAUGAACUUUUCAAAGUAAAGAGGUAUACCGUCUGUUACCUUAGAAGUCAAUUACAAUUUUCAAAACGA